AUGAAAACAGGACAUAGGCACUAUACAGUCAAGGCAUUAAUUGAUACAUCAUCUAGCGCAAAUAAAAUUAGAAGAAGCAUAGCCAAUAGGCUUGGAAGAAAAUAUGGUAAUCAUUAUAAGAAUAAAAAGGUGAAAAACUCAUUAGGUACUAUAGAUUGUCUAGAUUUAUCCUUCCAAUAUAAGGGGAAAGAUAGACUGCUCACUAGUAGUGACGAAACUUUUAAUGAUUUUGAGGUUAUCAAAAAGCCAUGUGAAGCGUCUCAUGGUCGUGUUGAUCUUGUAUUAGGCUUACUAUGGCUAUGA